CCAAGGGUGUGGUACUCGCACAGGGUGAGUUUGCUUCUAAUGAAGACAAGGAGCGCCUAGGGGCGCAACAGAAGAUAACGAAGGUCACACGUCACAUGCAGUGUUUCACAAACGAUGCUUGUGACAUUGUUGUUGUGUCGUGGUUUUGCUUGGGUUCAGACUAGUUACCGACAGCUUGCUAUAGGAGUCGAGCGUCAAGAAGACACCCGCAUACAGAAGCUACAGUCAUGUCGCUCAAUCGGAAACAUUACAUUGGUGCAGGCCUACUUCUCGUUUCUUUGCUCGUGAUAAGUGUGGUAGUCGUAGCCAUCGCCGUCCCCGUAGUCAAUAGUCAAGAUUCGGCCGAGGGUGUGAUGACAAGCAGGGAUAAAGCGAUGGCAUACUUGGCCGAAACACCGCUGAUAGACGGACAUAAUGACUUGCCAUGGCAACUGAAGAGUCUAUACAAUAACAGUCUUGAGACAGUGGAUUUGACUGCCGAUCUCAGCCACACUACACUGCACACCGAUAUUCCACGUCUGCAAGCUGGUAAAGUGGGCGGUCAAUUUUGGGCAGCCUACACGUCAUGCGGUGCACAGUACAAGGACGCCGUCAUGCACAUCUUGGAACAGAUUGACGUCAUUAAGCGCAUGUGCGCUAAAUACAAUAAAUACCUCCAGUUUGUCACUACAGCCGACGGGAUCGUGGAAGCCCAUGGAAAUGGUAAAGUUGCAUCCCUCAUUGGCGUAGAAGGCGGUCACAACAUUGACAGCAAUCUCGGCGUACUGCGCAUGCUCUACGAACUCGGAACGCGGUACAUGACAAUUACGCAUAGCUGCAAUACCCCAUGGGCCGACAACUGGAGGGAGGAAUUUGAACCCACACCUGAACAACUCGAUGGACUAUCGGCCUACGGAGAGAAAGUGAUUAAGGAGAUGAACCGUCUGGGGAUGCUGAUUGACCUGUCCCAUGUCUCCGUGGCAACCAUGAACGACGUCUUGGAUAUCUCGGCAGCUCCUGUCAUAUUCAGCCAUUCCUCAGCUUUCUCCGUAUGCGGAUCGUACCGGAAUGUGCCCGAUACCGUGCUUAGUAGAGUUGUGGAGAAGAAAGGUGUGGUAAUGGUGAAUUUCUACACUCAAUACAUCAAUUGUCCUCCGCGUAAUAUCAGCGCUGACCCCAGGGAGGCCACAAUGGCUCAAGUGAUAGAACAUAUCGAACACAUCCGGGACAUAAACAACGGGGCAGGAAUCGACAUCGUUGGCCUUGGAUCUGAUUAUGAUGGAGUGGGAACAUUGCCGACUGGGCUGGAGGAUGUGUCCAAGUUCCCGGAUCUGAUUGCUGCCCUCAUCGACCGGGGUUGGACAGAGGAGCAGAUCAAGAAGCUUCUCGGGGAAAAUCUACUCAGAGUCUUCAGAGACACUGAAAAAGUGAGGGAUCAGCAAAAUGCAGUUUUACCCUUUGAUGACGUCUUCCCCCGGGUUAAUGUGUGGGAGGUCAAUAACACUUGCCGAACCUAUGUGGGGUGAUGAGCUUGGGCACCCGGUAAUGACAACAAACCAGGACCAAGGCUAGAGACGAUUCACAAACAGCUUUACUCUUCGGUCCAACAUCCCUGAAGUAUUAUUGGUCACAGUUUUCACGAAUAGACAAAAUGAAAUGAGUAGGCCUAUGCUUUUAUAUGACUUCUGUCUCUUCGUGGAAACUAUAUCAGUAAAGGACACACUAUGUAAAACUACCAACUUUUCUAGGUUAGUUUGCCAGUACUCGUUGACUUUGUAUCAAAUUGUAAGUCUUCCACAUUUCAUUUCAUUUUAUAUCUAUAUACAUGUACCACAUUUCAUUUCAUUUUAUAUCUAUACCACAUUUCAUUUUCAUAUUGUAUCUAUCGACCACAUUUCAUCUCAUUUUAUAUCAGUAUACCACAUUUUCAUAUCAUUAUAUAUCUGUAUAAUUCAAAAGGCACUUUUAAUCCUGUAUGUAUCAUUUGCAUAGUAGAUAUUAAUAAACUUAAAGGUAGUAUUAUUUACAAAAUUUGCAAACAGAAAAUAAAAAACCCAUCAAAUUAGUAUGAAGUACCUUACUUGACUGUAAGUACAUGUAUAUAAUGGUCUCAAUCAUCCUGUGAAAACUUUGGUACCUGGUGUGCUGUCAUUUUCAAGACAAGCGGACCAUCGUUUUUCAAAUACAGCCCCCAGUUUACCAAAUUUAGUCAGUCAACAUUUUAUUUACAAUCGGCUACACAUCUGUGAACAGGUGCAAGCCAGCUAGUCUGGUUCCCUGAUUUUUAUAAAUUGCUCUGUCUAGCCUCCAGCCAGACUAUAAGAACAGCAUUUCUUCUUAGUUUUCCCAGCAUCCAUGAACACAAAAUUUAAAGAGGUCAGGGUAACAAAUAGCUGCUAUUUAUACAAACCCCCAAAUCCAUCCAUUUCUGAAAAUUGCAGCAAAAGCAAAUGGUGUAUAUUACUUUUAAUAAUAUAAUGGUUUCUCUUUGCACUGGAUACUGAUGUAAUAUGCAUGCAUAGCCAAAACCACUGAAUUCAAUGCAUAAUUAGUUAACAUAAUUGUUUUCCCAUGAUAUCAUAUACCAACGUUCCAACUCCAUAUUGAAACAGUACUUAUAAGGAAACCUAUACCAAACACAUAAAUGCUUUCAUGAUUCAUGGUGAAUAAAAAUGACUUUCAGUCAAUUCAGUGGGAUAAUAUCAUUUUACGUGAGAGCAGAAUCCAUGGAAUUGAACAUGCUCCAAUACACACUAUCCUUAACACAGCAGAUAAUUUUUUUUGUUCUAGGAAGAACAUAGGUUUAUGUAUCGUUAUCGUGAGCAAUGUACAUUUUUGUUUCAUCUUUAAUAUGUUCAUUUGAGAUUGUGUUAUGUUGUUUUCAUAAUGAUAUCAACAAAACCUAAAAUUAAAAGAUUUUACCUCAAUUGUUUGUCAUAUAUACUCUUAAAACUACUUUAACCAUCUCCCAUCUCUCUUCCGUGAAUUAUGACUGUUGUGACACUGUUUUGAAUAAAUGAAAUGUAGAUGCAUUGUGAAGGCUUUA